AUGCCUUUGAUCCUCAAUCAAAUUCUGUAUGCAAGCAUCCCUUUGUCAGUCGAGGCUUUAUCCGCUUCGAAUAUCCAGAUCUAUAAAGCAGCAUUUCGAGCCCGUUUUCGCGGGUCAGGCACAUUGGAAGAUCAAGAAGAAAGGCAUGCGUAUCUUCGAGAUCCGUUUAAGAAGCUUUCCUCGAAGGCCUCGAACAUCUCGUCCACCGCCAUCACCCAGUAA